GUCCCUGAAGGCAGCAGCCGAACGUCACAUUCCAGGUGUUCGGCGGGCAUGGCGAGUGUUCGCAUGGGUCAACGUGAGCCGAAGCACCCCAGAGAGGACGUGACGUCACAGCUCCUAAUCCCUAACCCCGAUUUGAAGGAAGCGGGAAGUUGCUCUUUGCCCCCACUUGCUUCUUUCCUGACCUCUGCAACGUACUUGUCCUCUUCCGCCCGGACUUCUGCACACGACACGCCACGCCACGGAAAGACAACGAGGAAAGACAAAAAGAAAGAAGGUGAAGUCCUUUUUCACCUGGCCAGUGCUUCUCUGCAGCACCCAGCAUUGCCCCACCCACACAACCGUCUGAUUGGUUACAUGCAGAGCGGUAGCAGCCAAUCAGCAGUGAGUAUUCAGAGCACAUGGAGUCAGUGGUCACGGCAGAGGCGGGCAGAGAGGAGAUGGUGAGGGUUGGCAGAAAGGUGUUUAGCAGUUGACGUCCUCCAAGGUGAUGAGCGCUGACGCGCCGAUCCACGACGACGGAGGCGCCGCUAAAAAGAUGGCGGGUGUGUUUGGGUCCUUCCGUAAGAGCAUCCGUCAGGCAACGGAGAAGAGCCCGCGCCCGGCUGGACAGAGAGGGUCAAAGGUCAGCGAGUUGGGGUCUGAGGAAACCAAAGCUCCGCCCUCUCCCAGUGUGACAUCACCUCUGAGGAGCGUAGCGGCUCUCUUUCAGGCGAAAGACGAGGACGGCGAGAAAGGAGGAGCCAUGACAGAUCCCAACAUGGGCACUCGCUUGAAGAAGGGGGCGUCCAUCCGCCGCAGCCUGAGGUUAGUCUCCAGGAAGGACAAGAAGCAGGAGGCCUCCCUGGCCGUCCAGGAGGGGUCGUCCAAGGAGGAAGAGGAAGAGGAGGCGGCGUGGGAGGAGGUGGAGGAGACUUACACGCUGCCCGAGUUACCUCACACGCCUCUGUCAGUGAUGCAGAUCAACAAGCUGAUCGAGAUGGAGGUCCUGGAGGAGGCCCACCUCAACCUGCUGGCCCUGCGCCUGGAGUUCCAGCAGGAAGGGCAGCGCAGCGGCCAGGACUUGCCCAUGGAGCUGGCCAAGAAGGAGAAGGACCUGAGCAUCCUCUACUCAGACCUGCGCCGCAAGAUCGCCUCCAUCGUGCGCACCUCCGUCUCCCUGCCCUCCAGGAACAAGGGCCUCCUGGUCCACGUGGCCCGCAUUGUCCAGGAGGAGGACAAGCGGGCUCAGGAGCCCGGGGGUCUCCAAGGGAGCUGGAUGGAGGCCUGGAGGGAGGCGGUGGGGGAGGGGGUUAGGGACAAAGUGGAGAGCGUGCACCUGGAGCAGAGUCACUUGAACGCCUCGUGGCUGGCCGUGCAUCUGGGGCUGCUGGGCAAGGCCGUGGUGGAGGACCUGGAGACCGUGAAGAGGGACAUCCGCUGGUCUUACCCCCGCAGCUUUAAGGUCUUCAGCACCUACGUGGAACACUACCAUGCCGCCAUCAAGCAGCAUCUCAACAAGCUGCUGCAGCAGUCCACGCACCUCAAGGACCUCUACGCUCUGCUGGACUGGAUCGUCCACCGCUACCACAGCGAGAGGAUCAUGGGAAGUCCCGCCCUCCAGCCUGACAUGACGGAGGAAAAGGAGAAUCUGCAACUGGACGAGGACUUCCUGCUGCAGCUCAGAGAGAAGUUCUGCAUCACAGUGAAGGAGGACAUGAAAGCUUUUACGAUUCGCCUCAUUGAGCUCGAAAACGAGGAAAUGUGGACGGCCAGGAAGCGCCCAGACAGAGAGGAGGACUUCCUCAACUCGCACUUCCACAUGGACAUCUGGACGAAAGUGAAAGGGAACGUCGUCAACGCCAAACGCAUCGACUCUCAACUAGAACUCAAAGUAAUCACCUCCUGUCUGCAAGAGUUACAGGAUUUCCCAAAGAGGUUUUACGCGGCCUUCCAACUUCACUGCUCGCCCCUGCGUCCUCAGUCGCUGUGGAGCGAGUACAGCAUCACCUACAUCAACAGCUUCGCCGCCUUACUGCAGCACAUGGAGGACUACCAGCAUCAGUGUGCCGAUCUAGUGGAGGCCACGAAGGAGGAGGUGCGGUGUCUCCACUCCAAGCUCCUGCAAGGCCUGGCGGAGCAGUUUAAGGUGGAGAUCAAGCCUUAUUUAGGGAGGAUGAUGACCAGGAAGUGGCUCACUAACGACAAGGACUUUAAUCAACUUUACGACCGCACCGAGCUGCUGUCUCAGCAAUGCGACGCCAUGAUGCCGCCGCAUAGUCAGGAUCUUGCUAGCGAGCUGCACCACUACGUGAUGAAGGAGUACGUGGGCCAGCUGAUGAAGAACAAGUACUCGUGCAAGAACCGCAAACACGAGAAGGCGGCCGGCAAGAUUAGAGCGCAGUGCUCCAAGCUCAGAGAGCUCUUCCAAGACAUGAGGUCGUCAAAGGACUGGCUCUACCCAGUGGGAGACCAUCUGAGUGACAUCAUCGGUGAGAAGAACAAGGCCGACAUCAAGAACCGCCUGCAGCCUCUGCUGGAACAAUACCCUGACUUCAGUUCCAAACACCUGACGGCAGUCCUGGCCUUCCGAGGCCUGCCGAGAGCUCGCGAGCAUCAGCGGAUCCUGCUGAGUCUGGACCGGCUGAGGAAGACCAGGACCUUCAAAGACUCUGACCAGAGUCGCGUGGAUUUCUUCGGCGGCAUGGAGGUCACGGUCCGCACAGACUGCCUGUCCCGCCUGUCCUUCUUCUGCUUCACCAGCGUGUUUCCCGGCAACUAGCCACGCCCCCAUGAGACCGGUUCUUCCACCGAGAACUGGCUCAACGUCUGCUUUGUUGGAAACAAAGUGCUAAGUAUUCUUUGGCCAGCAGCGUGAUGAUGGUUUACACCACGGGUGUUGUUGAGGGCCACAUCCCAGACAUGGCUGACCUCCCAGGGCCAUUUUAUUGAUGUGGCGCACGACAUUUAAUGAUGUGAUGUCAUCAGUUAAUGACAUCACAUAAAAUGUGGUGAGAGCCACAAGAAAUGAUAUGGCAGACUUCAUGAAAUAAUGUGACGGUCCAUAUUAAAUGAUAUGGCGGACUACAUAAAAUGUGACAGGCCACAUUAAAUGAUGUGACAGCCAACUUUAAAGGACGUGGCAGACUACAUAAAAUGAUGUGACAGGCCACUUUAAAUGACAUGGCAGACUACAUAAAAUGAUGUGACAGGCCAAUUUAAAUGACAUGGCAGACUACAUAAAAUAAUGUGACGGGCCUCUUUAAAUGAGAUGGCGGACGGACUACAUAAAAUGAUGUGACAAGCCAGGUAAAUUUCAUAGUGGACUACAUAAAAUGAUGUGACUGGCCACUUUAAAUGACAUGGCGGACUACAUAAAAUGUGACGGGCCAGUUUAAAUGACAUGGCGGACUACAUAAAAUUAUGUGACGGGCCUCUUUAAUGAGAUGGCGGACGGACUACAUAAAAUGAUGUGACAAGCCAGGUAAAUUUCAUAGUGGACUACAUAAAAUGAUGUGACUGGCCACUUUAAAUGACAUGGCGGACUACAUAAAAUGUGACGGGCCAGUUUAAAUGACAUGGCGGACUACAUAAAAUUAUGUGACGGGCCUCUUUAAUGAGAUGGCGGACGGACUGCAUAAAAUGAUGUCAGGCCAGGUAAAUUUCAUAGUGGACUACAUAAAAUUAUGUGACUGGACACUAUAAAUAAUAUGGCGGACUACACAAAAUGACGUGACGGGCCACUUUAAAUGAGAUGUGGACUACACAAAAUGAUGUGACGGGCCACUUUAAAUGAAAUGGUGGACUACAUAAAAUGAUGUGACAGGCCACUUUAAAUGAGAUGGCGGACUAUAUAAAAUGAUAUGACGGGCCACUUUAAAUGACAUGGCUGAUUACAUAAAAUGUGACGGGCCACAUUAACUGUCAUAGUGGACUACAUAAAAUGAUGUGACGGGCUGCCACAUUAAAUAACAUAGUGGACUACAUAAAAUUAAGUGGCGGGCCACUUUAAAUGACAUUAAAUUAUGUGACGGGUCACGUUAAAUGAUAAUGUGGACUACAUAAAAUGAAGUGGCGGGCCACAUUAAAUGAUGUGACAGGCAUCAUUGAAUUACAUGGCGGGUUACAUUGAAUGAUGUAACGGACCACACUGGAUCAUAUGGCAGACUACAUAAAAAUGUGGCAGGCCACUUAAAAAAAGGACGCGGCAUCAAUAAAUGGUAUGGCGGGCCACUUUAAAUGACAUGCAGACCACUGUCGCACUUUCGUUACUUCCUUUGGACUCGUAUUGAGUAAUCAAACACUAAAGUACUGCUACAAAAAGGCAAUAAAACCCUUUAAAAGCCCACCAAGUAGCAACAGUUGCUAUUAGGGGCGUAAAAAAAAAAAAAAUCAAUAUUGGAAUGAUUCCUAUUCUUAACAAUUAUUAAUCUAUUUAAAAAAAAUCUAUUUUACAUUUUGUAUUUAUUUUUGUUUUAUUUUUUUAAUCCGUCCACUCAGACAAAUCAUAUAGUUGAUGUACAUGUGCUGUACAGACUGACUUUAGAAAAGAAUUGGAUACUUCUCUGCUUGCCUUACUUGUAUUGACUUUAUUCAACGUUUGGGUAGAAUUUUAUUAAAACCAAAUGUACAGUAUUUUGAGUAAACGUAUCAGAGCUGUUAUAUAUUUUAUGAAGGAAUGUAGUUAAUCAUAGAACUGGCACCCAAUGUUAUUAAAAAGUAUUGAUUUUGAA